AAAAAUUCAGAAAUACUUCACAGACAUAAGGGAAACAGACAUAGAGGAGCUCAAAGCUCAGCUGGGACGGAUGAAGGAAGACUGGAUUGAAGAAGAGUGUAAUCGUGUGGAGCUGGGGCUGGCCUUCUUGGAAGCAAGAAGGGAAAUUGAAGAACUCAAGCAUGUUAUUGAAAGCAUGCAAAACAACUUGGUUGAGAAAAACAGAAAAAUUCAGAAAUACUUCACAGACAUAAAUUCUGCUGUGAACCAAGAGAUGAUUGAAAAUGUUCUGGCUGGAAAGCUGACUUCUUCCCAGGAGGAGGAGAAAACCGGCAAUGUGAGCCUGAAGUACACCUGUGGCUUGGAGGGAAAACCACUAGCGUUGUGUGCCACGAUGCCAGACAGCCUCAUCACAGAGGACCAGGUUCUGGAGGAGGUGGCAGACAGUGGGCUGCUUCCUAAUGAGGACACAGCUAAUGGGACUGAUUCAUUUGAAGAGAGUAUGACCACCACAGCCUCAGAGUCGAGUGAUGCAGCUCCCUCCAGUUCUGCUGUGAACCAAGAGAUCGUUGAAAUUGUUCUGGCUGGAAAGCUGACUUCCCAGGAGGAGGAGAAAACCAGCAACAUGAUGGUGGAACAGGCCAUCCAGACUGACAUGGUGCCGUAUAGCCUAAACAUGGAGCAGCUCCUUCAGAACAUCUUCGGAGCUCGCCCACCUUCUUCACUGAAGGAAUUGGCUGAAUUUUGUCUUGGAAGCAUCAGUGAUUCUGGUAUCAUAGUGGACUUAAUGCGAAGUGAUCCAAACUCUGCCGUCCUUUUGUCUCCUAUAGGGUCUCCAUGCAGGAAGGUGGAGCAUGCAGUUAAUGAAAACUGUUUUGGGAAAGAACUUCAUUUUACAAAACUCCACGAUGAUGAAGCCUUUGGGUAUGUCAGUACUUCCCCUCAGAGGAGAUACUGGAGCAGCAAUCUCCUCGAGAGAUGUCCUGUUGUACCAGCUAUCAUGUGGGCUUUCAGUACCUGGGGAAGACGAACAGAUCCCAUUUUCUGUAUCGGAGCAUUGCUUUGUGGUUGUGGCCCGGUGGCCCUGCCCUCUUUAUGCUGUACACCCUUCAGUAUGAAAAUCUAG